AUGACUCGAAGGGCCACAAAGAGGGUGAAGAAGGAGCAGAUGUUGAAGCCAGACGAUAUCGACAGCGGUUCUGACGCGAGCACCAAUGAGGAUAAAUCUCAAAGCUACGAGAAAGCCGUCAACCUGCCAGCUCAUCAGACAAAGCACCUUCCAGAGCUAGUCUACCAUUUCCCUUGCAUCGACACCUCAUUUCGGCUGACACAGCGCAACGACACAAAUAGCACAGGCUCGUCACUUUGGCUGUCCCCCCAAGUGCUCUCGUCUUUCCUUAUCCAUACUUAUGGGAAAGUACAGCAGAAGGAUAGCUCGGCAGCACGCAAGAGAGUGCUCGAACUAGGGUCAGGCACAGGUCUGCUCUCGCUUCUCAUGGCGAGGCUGGGGUGGGAUACUGUGGCCACAGAUAUUCCGCCAGUACUCGAAUCGGUGCUGAAGCCGAAUGUUGAGGCUGGUCUCUAUCAGCUCGUCAACGAGGGGAAGGCAGAGAAGGAUCAAAUUCGAGUCUGCCAGCUGGACUGGACCGUUCUGCCUGAAAGGUGGCAUUGGCAUCCAGAGCUGGGUUUUCCUAGCGCCCAGGAGCACGUUGACGCCGAUACUCGCAACACCCAAACGACUACUGAACAACACUUCGACCUAAUUCUGACGGCAGACACGAUCUACGAGCCAUCACUGAUAAGGUCGCUCCUGUUCACCAUUGCCCACCUUUACCAACGACAAGCAGAGUCAAAGCCAACAAUCCUGCUUGCGCUGGAACGCAGAGAUCCCACUCAGGUCAACGAAGCUUUCCGUCUUGCUAGCGAGGACUACGACCUCCCAUUCAAACAGAUUCCUGCAAAGCGGGUUCGCAAAAUUUUCGAUACCCUUGGUGAUGGCGCCGCAUGGUCCAGAGAUGACUGGGACGGGGUCGAAAUCUGGAAGCUCUAG